ACCGUCGUGCUUAAUGGCAAGUAAGUUUAGCGUAUUUAAGGAAAACUAGCUGUAUUAGAUAUAUUUUCUUGGUUGAGGUUGAUGUAGUUAGCUUUAGGCACUGAUUUAUCAUGAGGACUGUACAAUUGUAUUUCAUUUUAGUUUUGUGUAUCUUUACCGUUUCAACUGCCCCUGUUCCCCAGGAUAUAGAUGAAUUUGAAGAAAUUCAGGCAGAAAAAGAGGCCGAAAUCAAAGCCGAAACAGCAGAAAAAAUAGCAGCCGAAACUAAGAAGGAAAUGAAAAAACUGGAGGCCGAAGUAAAGGAAGACGAAAAAGAAAAGAAGAAAGAAGUAGAAAGCUUAAAAAAAUUAGAAGAAAAAUCUGAAGCAGCGGAGGCCGCAGCAGCAGUUAAAUCCGAGAAGGAAGCCAAAGCCGCUAAAAUUGAAGCUGAAGCUGUUGAAGCUGAGAAAGUAGCCGAAACUAAGGUUAAAACAGUUGAAAAGAGUGCUGAAGCAAAAAAGGCAGCUGUAGCUAAGGAUGUUGGAGACCUAGCACGUGAUUUGACUUGUUUAGGUCUAUCCGAAGACCACGAUCAUGAUUAUCAUGAAUUGGAUCUAUGUGAAAUUCUUGAGAAGGCCCAGUUUCAACCAGUAUGGCAACCAUGUGAGAAUAAUAUGUACAAUUUCUUUUCCAGAUUUUUAUAAAAUUGUUAUCAAUGGCUAACCAAUAAUAAAAUGUGUCUUGUUUA